AUGACUGAUGCAAAAGACGGCGUUUCACUGUUCGAUCACGCGUCUGGCACUGCCGUUGCUCCUGCUGACACUGCUCCUGCGCUUGACCGCUCACAGUGGCAGACUCGCGAUGCUGCUGCGCGCCUCGCUAUUCGCAAUCAUCUGCCGAUCACUGAGCGCGCGCAUUUUAGCCAGCACAAGACUGCUAAGGCACUUUCAGUCAGGGACCACUUCCUCGCCAAAGACCCUACCACUCUCACUCUAGCCGACUUCGAGCAGCAGCUCCUAGCAGCAGAAAAGAACAUCCUCGCUGUAGGUGCUGCUCGUGGCACUCCUCGCACUCCCCUCUUUGAGGGGUGCUCCCCCUCCCCUCUUUCCCCCUCUUUCGCCUCUGCUGCUGCAGUCGACCUCCUCGGUGCUGAGAAGGUCGCAGCUGCUUCCGAUCCUAGUGGGAAGCGCAGCAGCACCAGGGGCGGCAAGGGUGGCAGGGGUGGUGGAGGUGGCGGUGGAGGGAGCGGUGGUGGAGGCGGCGGGGGUGGUGGAGGUGGUGGGGGUGGUCGUGGGGGUGGAGGCGGUGGGUGGGGCGGCGGUGGGACUGGGAGCGGUGGAGGAGGCGACGGCGGCAGUGGAGGAGGAGGCAGCGGUAGUGGUGGUGGAGGUGGGGGCUGGGGUGCGGUCGGCCCGAAGGGGAGCUCCAGUGGUGGCAGCAGCAGCAGCAGCAGCAGCGUCAGCGCCAGACCCCCACGUCUCAGCAGCUUCAUGACUGACCUGCUUAGGCGUGAUGUUCCUAUCUUUGAUCUUGACUAUGAUGCAAUUCUUGCUGCCAUGUAUGCAUUGACUGUUAGUGCUGAGGGUGACUGCUACUUGUGUGUCCCACCUGACCCAGGUAUAGAGACUGCAGCCCUAGGUGCUAGUGAGUCUGCUCUCUCUGGUACUGCGCCUGCUGAGGCUUUGCACACCUUCACGCUUGACUCAGUGCUUGCACGGUCCACUACUGUGCUUCCGUGUCCGGCGGUCCCGUCUGGUGAGCUGUCUGGUCUCCACCUCCCCUCGUUCUCCACGAACCUGGUGAGCAACGCCGUCCUUCAGGAUCAUUGGGUUGACACCUUUACUCCUGGAGGACAGCGUGUGGCGAUCAGCACAUGCUCUAGGACUGGCCGCCACCUGGCUACGUUCACAUGUGCGUCUGGGUCCAGUCUGUACACCCUCACCACUGCGUCGCGCUACACCCCUUUGUCUCCUCAGCUGUACGCGUCCGCUCAGGUAGCUACCCAGUCUCUGCCCGCCCUCCCUCCCUCGCCUGCCCCGCCCUGCAUUCCUUGCGUCGAGGGGCGGCAGCGCGCCGCUCCUCACUCCUCCUCGUUCCCUCCCACAGAGGCUCCACUGCAGACUCUCCACCUGGACGUGUGGGGCCCAGCCCGCGUCCAGGGGCAGGGCCGCGAGCGGUACUUCCUGCUGGUCGUCGACGACUACACGCGCUACACCACGGUCUUCCCCUUGCGCAGCAAGGGUCAGGUCCCUGAUGUUCUGAUCCCCUGGAUCCGUGCUGUUCGUCUCCAGCUCCGCGAGCGGUUCCAGUCGGACUUUCCUGUCCUGCGUCUGCACUCUGAUAGAGGUGGUGAGUUCUCCUCCGACCUCUUGCGAGCUUUCUGUGAGGAGCACGGCAUCCGCCAGUCGUUCACGCUUUCGGCCUCUCCGCAGCAGAAUGGGGUUGCUGAGCGCCGCAUUGGCUUAGUCAUGGAGGUCGCUCGUACCUCCAUGAUCCAUGCGGCUGCCCCACAUUUUCUGUGGCCGUUUGCGGUCCGGUACGCCGCGCAUCAGCUCAACCUCUGGCCCCGUGUCUCCUUGCCGGAGACCUUGCCCACACUGCUGUGGACGGGGAAGGUUGGCGAUGCGUCGCGCUUCCGGGUCUGGGGUGCUCGUGCCUUUGUCCGCGAUACCACCGCGGACAAGCUCUCCGCCCGCGCCAUUCCCUGCGUCUUCCUUGGUUUUCCUCCUGACGCGCCUGGCUGGCAGUUUUACGACCCCGCUUCGCGCCGUGUCUUUGCGUCUCAGGAUGUCACGUUCGACGAGUCGGUCCCCUUCUACCGUCUCUUUCCCUACCGUACUGCCGCUCGCCCCCCCCUUCCGCUCUUUCUCGCUCCAGGUCUUCCCCAGGUAGACCCCCUCCCCGUGCCAGGUCCUGCUCCUUCAGGUGUUUCUCAGGUAGACCCUCCUGUGCCUGAGCCUGUUGAGGUCACUGGUGACUCAGGUCCUGCUCGGGGUGCUGCGUCUGGGGGUGCUGAGCCUGAGCGUGCGGAGCCUGGGGGUGCUGAGUCUCGGGGUGCUGAGCCUGCGCGUGUGGGGCCUAGGGGUGCUGCGUCUGGGGGUGCUGAGCCUGAGCGUGCGGAGCCUAGGGGUGCUGAGCCUGGGGGUGCUGCGUCUAGGGGUGCUGAGCCUGAGCGUGUGGAGCCUAGGGGUGCGGAGUCUGGGGGUGCUGAGCCUGAGCGUGAGGAGCCUGGGGGUGCUGAGUCUGGGGGUGCGGCGCCUGAGGGUCCUGUGACUACUUGUACGCGGUCUCCUUGGAGUGGCCGCCUUCGUCCGCGUGCGCCUCUCUCCCCGCAGCAGCUGCACGAGUGGUACGCUCGCCGUCAGGGUCGCGCUGCUGGAGCUCGGGGCUCUGCCGCUGGAGGCGCUUCUGCUGACGUCCCUGGAGCUGGGGGUGCCGGUUCGAAGGGUACUGGGGCUGGUGCAGGAGGUGCCGACGACGCUGGAGCCGCUGGGCCUGAGGACGCUGGAGCUGGUGGUACUGCUGACCCUGCCGCAGGAGGUGCUGUUGGAGCUGCUGACACUGGAGCUGGGAGUACUGCGGGUACUUUCUGUGCUGGAGGUGCUGGAGCCGCUAGACCUGGAGGUGCUCGUACUGGAGGUACUAGAGCUGCUGGGGCUGGAGGUAGUGCGUCUGGGGGUGCUGCUGCUGGAGACACUGGGACUGGAGUUGCCGGUUCUGGGGGUGCUGCUGCUGGUGACGCUGGUACUGGCGGUGCUGGCGCUGGAGGCUCUGCGGCUGCUAGUGGUGCUGGCGCUCGAGGAGCUGGAGCUGGAGGGUCUGGAGCUGCUGGAGGUUCUGGAGCUGCUGGAGGCACUGGAGCUACUGGUGCUGGUGGCACUGCUGCGCAGCGACUGUUCUUCUCUCCGCCGUCACCGUCGUCUCUGCCGCCUCCUGACACAGUGCUUCGCCAGACAGGAGGUCCUGCUGAGCGUCGCGAGCCUGCGUCCCGUCCUGUCUCGCCUGUUCGCACUGGUCGCACUGGUCGCACUGGUCGUGUUAGUCGUGAGCGUCCUCCUCCUGUCCCUGGCACGCACAUUAUGGCACUUCGUCCUUCCUCUGUUCCACAGCGUGUUCCUCUGCCGUCUCCUCCUGCGUCUUCUUUGCCUGACGUCCCGGACCCAGAGUCAUACCGGUUUCGUGCUGAGCACCCUACAGUCACGCGUCUGCUAGCCACUGUUGUCACUGACCCGUCGUUUGAGUCUGCUGCUGCGUCUGCCUUAGUCGCUGAGCUUGUUGACUUUGCUGAUGCCUGUCGUCUAGACUACGCUGCUAGCCUUGUUGCUGAGUCUGAGUCUGUCUGUCCUCCGUCCGUCGGGGGUGAGUGUGCUCUUGGCACGGACGUCCUUGAGGACAGGCACGAGGACCUUGAGUGUCUUGCAGCCGCUGCGCCUCAUCUCGUGGCCACGCUGCUUGCCCCUGAGGGAGACCCGGAUGCUGUAGACAUCCCGACCCCGCGCUCUUACGCUGAGGCGAUCGCGGGUGAGUACUCCUCUCAGUGGCAGGCAGCCAUGGACGCAGAGAUGGCAUCAUGGAAGUCCACAGGCACUUACGUCGAUGAGGUUCCCCCUCCUUGGGCGAACAUCGUCGAUGGCAUGUGGAUUUUCAGGGUGAAGCGGCCGCCGGGUUCUCCGCCUGUCUUCAAGGCUCGCUACGUUGCUCGAGGCUUCAGUCAGCGGGAGGGAGUUGACUUCUUCCAGACCUUCUCCCCCACCCCGAAGAUGACCACUCUUCGAGUGCUGCUGCACGUUGCCGCUCAGCGUGACUACGAGCUUCACUCUCUUGACUUCAGCACAGCCUUCUUUCAGGGCAGCCUGCACGAGGAGAUCUGGCUACGCCGCCCACCUGGCUUCACUGGGUCGUUCCCUCCUGGCACCCAGUGGAGCCUCCGGCGGCCAGUCUACGGUCUCCGUCAGGCUCCUCGUGAGUGGCACGACACACUAAGGACGACACUUGCGGCUCUUGGGUUUGCUCCUUCGACUGCUGACCCGUCGCUGUUUCUGCGCACUGACACUUCGCUGCCGCCGUUCUACAUCCUCGUGUACGUCGACGACUUGGUCUUUGCCACUGCUGACACUUAG